AAAGUCAGUUUUAAAUAAAGUUGUCGGGCCGUUUUUACCUUUGAACGUCAUUGGAGACGCCAAUGUAGACUAAAUCUUUUGUGGUGUGUAUGGUAGUUGGGUGGGGCCUCUUACUUUGAUAGUUUGAUGGAAAUUAUCGUCACGUUUGCAUGAAAUAUAUAUACUAUGUAUUAAAGUAUGGUGGAAUGUUGUUAGAAAACUACUAUUAAAAUUGUCACAAAUAGUAAUUAUUUAGGCAAUGAUUGAAAAAAAGAAAAAAAUAAAUAAAUUUGAGUGAGUUAAGACCGUCAUUUUAAAAACAAAUGGACCUGAAAUUGAAGUGGAAACCUAAGUAGGAUCUCCAUUAGUAAAUUUCGAGCUUUCAAUAAUAAGUCAAAUGAAAUGUGUGAUUAUUAAUGUUAUGUAUAUAUAUAUAUAUUUUUCUCAUAAAGUAAGAGUAACUACCAAACACACUCCUUAACACACACUUUAACACAAAGUUGCAUUUUGGUAGUGUUUUCAUCAGCCACAUCCACUUAAUUAAUUAUGCUUUCUUCCCCUAUUAAUAUCUACAUUGACACCAAUAUGUUCCUUGCCAUUGCAUUUCUUAAUUUGUUAAGUGAAGCACACACAAAGAAAUGCAGAAACAAUUAAGUUUAUCGAUGGAAAAAGGAGACUCCAACGAUCUAUAUGAUGACGAUGGAAGAAUAAAGAGAACUGGGACCUUAAUGAGUGCAAGUGCACACAUCAUAACAGCAGUUAUAGGAUCCGGAGUGUUGUCACUAGCCUGGUGUUUUGGACAAUUGGGUUGGAUUGCCGGAACCGCUUCCCUUAUGAUCUUUGCAGUCAUUACUUGGUUCACUUGCCUCUUGCUUUCAGACUGCUACAGGUCCCCUGAUCCUGUAACCGGUGCAAGAAACUACAAUUAUAUGCAAGCAGUCAAAGCUAAUCUUGGAGGACUUCAGUACAAAUUCUGCGGAAUAGCUCAGUAUGGAAUUCUUAUUGGUGCUACCAUUGGAUAUACCAUCACUGCCGCCAUAUCCAUGGCGGCAAUUAACCGUUCAAACUGUUUCCAUAAGAGCGGCCAACACAAUGGGUGUCACACAUUGAACAACUCGUAUUUAUUAAUAUUUGGUAUUAUAGAAAUUGUUUUAAGCCAAAUUCCAAACUUUCACAAGCUCUCACUCAUCUCCAUUGUCGCGACCAUCAUGUCGUUUACCUAUGCUUCCAUUGGCAUUGCUCUCUCCAUUGCCAAAAUUGCAGAAGGUGGGCACCCGAGAACAAGCUUAACAGGAAUACCAGUUGGGAAAGAUAUGCCAAGUGUUGAGAAAAUGUGGAGCACUUUUUCGGCCAUUGGAGAUAUUGCUUUUGCCUAUUCUUUCUGUCCGGUCCUCCUUGAGAUACAGGACACACUUAGAUCCAGUCCUCCGGAAAACAAAGUCAUGAAAAGGGCAUCUACUGUGGGGGUCUCGGCUUCCACCUUAUUCUACAUGAUAUGUGGUACACUUGGUUAUGCAGCAUUUGGUAACGAUGCACCUGGAAAUUACUUGACUGGGUUUGGAUUUUAUGAGCCAUUUUGGCUUAUUGACUUCGGUAACUUGUGCAUUGUAAUUCAUCUUCUAGGAGCUUACCAGGUGUACAUCCAGCCAUUCUUUGCAUUCGUGGAAGACUGGAGCAAAGAAAAAUGGCCUCAAAACAAAUUAAUAACUAGAGAAUACUCGAUUGGUAAAUUAAAGCUAAACAUCUUCAGGUUGACAUGGAGGUCAACAUAUGUGGUUUUAGCAACACUGGUGUCCAUGAUCUUUCCGUUUUUCAAUAGUUUUCUUGGGCUUAUCGGUGCUACUACAUUCUGGCCACUAACAGUUUAUUUCCCAAUAGAGAUGUAUAUUUCCCAAGCAAAGAUUCAAAAGAAUUCUUUCACCUGGAUUUGGAUGAAAGUAUUAAGCAUGGCAUGUUUGAUUGUAUCACUUGUUGCUGCAGCUGGUUCUAUCCGAGGACUCGCUGUGUCAGUUGAGUCCUUCAAGCUGUUCCAUUCGGUGUCUUAGACUCUGAAACCUUUUUUUCUUCCUUCUGUAUAAAGGAUAUCCCAGAUGUGAUGUAAUAUGCAUUUGUUAAAUUCUCAAAAUUUGAUGCUUUUCGGUAGACUAGCAUACCAA